UUCUGUCUUCCUCACACUUUUGUUGGGAGCUGUAGAGCGAGUCGCGCCGAGAUCGGCGACGCCAAGGGGAAAAGCAGCGAACCUGGAGGGGCGCCGUUUGGACCCAGAGGAACAGGCGUGCGGCUCUGAAGGAACUUUUUUUUUCCCUGAGAAAAGGGUUGAAGAUUAAGAAUACAUUGAAAUAUGUUGGAUGAGGAUACAGGGAUCGUAGAAGAAUGGUUAUCAGAAUUCAAGACAGUACCAGAAACAUCUAUAGCAAGUUAUGCUAAAAAUUUGAAAGACAAGAUUUCCUUGGUUUCAUCUCUAUAUAAAGUUAUUCAAGAUCUACAAAAUGAGUUGCUGGAACCAGUCUGUCACCAGUUAUUUGAAUUUUAUCGCAGUGGUGAGGAACUUCUUCUGCAGUUCACACUUCAGUUUCUUCCAGAAUUGAUAUGGUGUUAUCUUGCUGUUUCUGCUAGUAAAGAUCUACAAAGCAGUGGCUGUAUAGAAGCACUUUUACUAGGAGUUUACAAUUUGGAAAUAGUUGACAAACAAGGGAACAGUAGGAUCCUAAGCUUUACAAUUCCAUCUUUAUCUAAACCUUCAGUAUAUCAUGAACCUUCCAGUAUUGGUUCAAUGGCUCUUACUGAGGGUGCUUUAUCUCAACACGGCUUAUCCAGGGUUGUAUAUAGUGGACCUCAUAUGCAGAGAGAAAUGUUGACAGCACAAAACAGAUUUGAAGUAUUGACAUUCCUUUUACUACGGUACAAUGCUGCCUUAAGCUAUAUGCCUGCGGUUUCUCUUCAGUCUUUAUGUCAAAUCUGUUCAAGAAUCUGUGUUUGUGGGUACCCUCGUCAACAAGUACGAAAAUAUAGAGGCAUAAACAGCAGAAUUCCAGUCUCCUCUGAAUUCAUGGUUCAAAUGUUAACAGGGAUUUAUUAUGCUUUUUAUAAUGGAGAAUGGGAUCUGGCUCGUAAAGCAAUGGAUGAUGUUUUAUACAGAGCACAAUUGGAGUUAUAUCCAGAACCACUAUUGGUAGCUAAUGCAAUAAAAGCUUCAUUGCCUCAAGGUGCCAUAAAAUCUAACAAAGAAGGUACUAAAUGUAUUCAGGUUGAAAUUACUCCUACAGCAUCUAGGAUAUCAAGAAAUGCUGUGACCAGUAUGUCUAUUCGGGGCCAUAGAUGGAAAAGGCAUGGUAACGAAUUAGGAAUUCCAGAAGAAGAAUUAAUAGAAGUAUCUGAAGUUGAUGAAGGUUUUUACUCUAGAGCUACUUCUACUACAAGUCAUUCUAUUUCAUCAAAAAGUAGCAGCAACACCAGUAAUAAAACUAUAAUGGGCAAGAGUCAACGAAGGCUUGGAGGAAACAAAGUUGGAGGAAAAGAAAAAGAUAUCUGUGCUGAAUCCUACAAAGAACAUUUAUCUCACAAACAAAAUCAGAGGGCAUUAAGUGAAAAUCUAGAGCUCCUCUCUUUAAAAAGGCUGACUCUAACCAGCAGCCAAUCCUUGCCAAAAUCAGGAAGUCAUAGCUUGGCUAGAACUAGCACUACUCUUUUUAGUAAAUCCUUUGAGCAGGUCUGUGGUGGUGUGAUCCCAAGUAAUCAUAAUGGCACAGAAACAAAUAGGCUUUCAGUGUGCAGUUUACAAGAAGGAAAUCUGAUAUUUGAAACUGAAAGAAUAGACCUUACAGUUCCAAACAAACAAUCUAAUCAGCAGCGACUACCUACUAUCAGCAUUACUAUCUCAACAGACCAAUAACCUCCCAACUAAUGUUGCUGUGUAGAAGAGGAGCCAUUCAAUGAUAGUACUGCAUGUUAGGAUCCCUCAAGCUCUUUUUUUUAGUCAACUAAAUUGCAUCAAGUUACCAUAUUUUUCAGACUAUAAGACGCUCUGAAGUAUAAGACGCACCUAACUUUUGGGGAAGAAAACAAGAAAAAAAAAAUCUGCCUCUGCCUCCCAAAAAUUUGUUUCCUUGCAGCAAACAACCUGGUCAGCUUCAGCACAUCCUGAUUAGCACAAGCAGCUGAUUGUUGGUGGAUCGGCCUCCGGGCAAUCAAUCAGCUGUUUCAGGCUGCAGAGAUCGCCAUCACCGCCUCCGCAUGCCACAUUUUCAGCCUCCACACCCAGUUUUCGGUCUCUAUGCCUGUUCCAGGCAGGGAUUGGAACAGGCUGAAAAUGGGGUGC